AUGGACCUUGAAAUCACUCCCGAAUCAGGCCGCAUCUCUGGAUCAAGACUGCGGCAUUCAGAAUCAUUUGGUACUCUCGGAACACUGGAAUCAGUGGUCACCCUCUCCACCACCGAGAUCAUCGAAUCAACACUUGCCCGAACAGAGACGCCACGCCAGGCUCCCGCGAUCGAGAUGUCCGACUUUGAGGAUGAGAUGGACGUCGAUGUCCCUGCUCCCUCCAAGGACAUCACCUUCUCGUCUGACAAUGCAGCAAAGGGAAAACGAAGUGCUGCCAAUCUGCCUGUAGAGGCAGAGGACUCUCUCCCUUGGGUUGAGAAGUACAGACCGACUACACUCUCCGACGUCUCUGGCCACCAAGAUAUCCUCGCGACGAUCAACAAGUUUGUCGACACAAACCGCCUCCCACAUCUCCUCCUCUACGGCCCUCCCGGUACCGGCAAGACCUCGACUAUCCUCGCCCUGGCCAGGCGCAUCUACGGUGCGGACAACAUGCGGCAGAUGGUUCUGGAGCUGAACGCUUCUGAUGACCGUGGUAUCGAUGUGGUGCGAGAGCAGAUCAAGACAUUUGCUUCCACCAAACAGAUUUUCUCAAUGGGUGCGACGUCGAGAAAUGGCGCUGGUGCUCUGGCCGGCUACAAGCUCAUCAUUCUCGACGAGGCGGAUGCUAUGACCAACACUGCACAGAUGGCGUUGCGACGAAUCAUGGAGAAGUACACAGCCAAUACCCGGUUCUGUAUCAUUGCCAACUACUCUCACAAACUCUCUCCUGCGCUGCUGUCAAGAUGCACGCGAUUCCGGUUCAGCCCCCUCAAGGAGAGGGAUAUCCGUGUCUUGGUGGACAAGGUCAUUGACGAAGAGGCUAUCAAAAUCCUCCCCGAGGCGACAGAUGCGUUGGUCACACUCAGCAAGGGAGAUAUGCGACGGGCUUUAAACGUCCUACAAGCCUGCCAUGCAUCAAGCACGCCGUUGCAACCAAAACACGCGCCCAAGAUACCCGAGAAGGAUAUUGUUCGCGAGACGAUUACCACCCAGACCAUCUACAGCUGCAUUGCGGCACCCCCACCUGAUGCGAUCCGAGAAAUCCUCAACACUCUACUCACCACUACCGACGUGACGACGUGUCUCUCUACAAUCAACACCCUCAAGGUGUCACAGGGUCUGGCACUUGCAGACAUCAUCACUGCUUUGUCAGAGGAGAUUAUCAAACUCGAGGUCAAGCCUGAAGUCAUGAUCUCAUGGCUGGAUGGACUGGCAAACAUUGAACACAGGGUGGCCGGCGGCGGAGGCGAAGCUGUCCAGACAGGUGCCCUUGUGGGUGUGAUCCGUGGAGGUUGUGAAUUGAUGGCAUAA